UCCUUUCCUAACCAAUCAUGAAAGAGUACUGUCGAAAAAUGAACGUUUAAAGAGUGACGCCUUCUACCAAUCAGAGGUAGCGAGGGAUGGGCAUUUGUGGCUUUUCCUUGCUGCGCUGAAGCCAGUCAGGAGAAGAGCUGUCAGCCAAUCCGCUGAAACAAGACGAGUUUGGGCAGAACCAUAGCAGCCGGCCAUGGAGGGGUGCGCUUUGCUCUGUUGUUGAGACUUUCUAUGACGCACCGACUUGAACUCAUUGUAUGAAGGGAGCGGAAGGCAAGGUGAGGUAGGGUGCGCGUGCGCCAUUGCUCCCCGCGGAGGAGGGAAGGCGCCCAGUGGAAAAUCUGAAGCCUCCCUUUAAAAUGGUGUAGCCUGGCGUCUCGUCACGUGAUUUUGUCCCAAGAUGGCAGCGGCGGUAGCGGCAGCGGCAGCGCCCGGGUUAGCCGCUGAGGCGGACGAAUUCGAGGACGCGCCUGACGUGGAACCGCUGGAGCCGACGCUCAGCAACAUUAUCGAGCAGCGGAGCCUGAAGUGGAUCUUCGUCGGAGGGAAGGGCGGGGUCGGCAAGACCACUUGCAGCUGCAGCUUAGCUGUGCAGCUCUCCAAAGUGCGAGAGAGUGUCCUCAUCAUUUCCACCGAUCCUGCACAUAACAUCUCGGAUGCCUUCGACCAGAAAUUUUCCAAGGUUCCCACCAAAGUAAAGGGCUAUGAUAACCUUUUUGCCAUGGAGAUUGACCCCAGCCUAGGUGUGGCUGAACUUCCAGAUGAAUUCUUUGAGGAAGAUAAUAUGCUGAGUAUGGGCAAGAAGAUGAUGCAGGAGGCAAUGAGUGCCUUUCCUGGUAUUGAUGAGGCCAUGAGCUAUGCUGAAGUGAUGAGGUUGGUGAAAGGGAUGAAUUUCUCCGUGGUGGUGUUUGACACAGCACCCACAGGGCACACGCUACGGCUGCUCAAUUUCCCCACCAUCGUAGAGCGGGGACUGGGCCGCCUGAUGCAGAUAAAGAACCAGAUCAGUCCCUUCAUAUCACAGAUGUGCAACAUGCUUGGCCUGGGAGACAUGAAUGCUGACCAACUGGCCUCCAAGCUGGAGGAGACUCUCCCUGUCAUCCGCUCAGUCAGCGAGCAGUUCAAGGAUCCGGAACAAACCACAUUCAUCUGUGUUUGCAUUGCUGAGUUCCUGUCCCUGUAUGAAACGGAGCGACUCAUCCAGGAGCUAGCCAAGUGCAAAAUCGACACCCACAACAUCAUAGUCAAUCAAUUGGUCUUUCCUGACCCAGAAAAGCCAUGCAAGAUGUGUGAGGCCCGGCACAAAAUCCAGUCCAAGUACCUUGACCAGAUGGAAGAUCUCUAUGAAGACUUUCAUAUUAUAAAGCUGCCACUCUUGCCCCAUGAAGUUCGAGGCGCUGACAAAGUCAACACCUUCUCAAGUCUGCUACUGGAGCCCUACAAGCCGCCCAGUGCAAAAUGAAACAUUAUAGACUGACUUCCACUGAUCUCUCCCACCCCCCACCCCCAUUCCAUGCCUGCUCUUCCCCAAUCCUUACCUGCUGGAACUCCUCCCCUUCCAGUGGCCUCUCAUGUGUGUGUUUGACAGGCUUGUGGUGGGGUUGGAAGACCCAGAAUUUGCUGUUCCCAGUUGUUUCUGCCCUGGUGCUCAUACUUACCUCCUUGGGACAUCCCAAAACCAGCCACAACAUUGAAUCCAUUCCCCUCACUGACCAGCUAGCUAAUUUAAACUUGGGUCACUUUUUGUUUCUCCGUCACUCUGGCUUCUCCCUGGAUCAUAUCUCCUGGGAUUGAUGCCGUUCUGGCUGAGGUCCCAGUCAGGUGUUGUGAUGACACAGAGACUGAGAGUCCAUUUACAACAUCAUGGCCAUUGAUGCUAAUGGGAAGUAUGUAAAUAAACUGUAAGGGAAACUA